GCCCCCGCUCGUUGACGUCUGCGGGGCUUGUCCGGCCGGCCAAAGAGCAGGAGCGGUGGGCGGGGCCAGACGCAGACCCGGAAGCCGCCGGCCGAGAGGGAGGCCUCGUCCGCAGCCGGCCGCGCCCGGGAAGGGAGACGCCACCCAGCCAGCCAGCCAGGCCGCCAGCCAGGCCGCCCUCCUCCUCCUCCUCCUCCUCCUCCUCCUCCUCGUCGUCGCCCCUGCGGCUCCUGCUGCUGCCAGGUCUCGGGGUGGACGACAACAUAAGACUUGUAAAGGUGCCGCUGGACAAGCUGUGCUGCCGGAGCGGUGGACGGGCAGGGGGGGUCCUGCCCCUGGAGGAAUGCCAUGGGAGAGCCUCCGUGUGGCCACUUGACCCGGGACGAGGACGGUGGGACUGUGCUGCUGAGGCGCCUUGCCAGCCAACGAGGACUCAGAGGAGGCCGGCGAACGGAGCUCCAGAAGUAGCCCGUGAUGGUGGGAGCCAUUCCCCGGCAGCCGCGCCGCUUCUGGGGAGUGCCGGGGUGGCUGGUGUCGCCCGUGAGCUCUGCCAGUAGUCGCCUGCUGCUGGGCCCGGGGAGCAGGACGGCCGGGCGAGGGGGUUGGUUGCAGAGGGAUGUGGCCGCACAGCUGGCUUCGUAGCAGGGGGCUCAUCCGGACUUCCUAAUCCCACGGCACUUUAGCGCUCGGCCUCUCUGCUCCGCCCCAUGCGGCACAUCAGUGCGGAGGCCGGCCUCCCCCAGGAGUGCAGUGCAGGUGCGAACCAGGAUGAAGAGGAGGAGGAGGAGGAGGAGGACCCGCGCCCCUGGCGUCGGCACCGUGGGGUCCUGCUGGGCUGCAGCCCCCCCGAGCUGACGUGCCAGAAGGUCUACCAAGUCUCCAUCUUCUCCCAGCUGGCCGGCUGCUCCCACCCGCCCGAGCAGAGGGCCCCCGGGCGGCAGCCCAUCAAGCGGGCCUGCCUGGAGCCCCAGAGGGGCCCUGCAGACGAGUGGGACGCCAAGCGGGGCCGCUGGGAGGGGGACGAUGCCAUCGAGGAUGGCCUCGUGGUGGACGAGCUGCCCCUGGGGGGCGCGGCUCAGCACUUCUCCCACAGCGGCCUCCGGGUGGUGGAGCACCGGUGGGAGGGGAGCCCCAGCCGCUGCGCCCCCAGGGAGGCGGGCCGUGCCCAGGUGAAAGGGGGCCUCCGCCAGGUGCUGCUCCCAUCGCCGCCGCCGCCGCCCAGACCCUGCAGCACUUUGCACACAACGGACUGCGCCUCAGCCUCGCCGGGGGACUGCCCUGCAAACGUUGGGCCUGCCGUGAGGCAGGAGAAAAACGGGGCCCAGCAGAGCGAGAGGGCCGGCAGCCCAAAUGUCCUACUUGAUCCUGAUUUGCACAAGCUGGCACGUCACUCCCUGCCGGGCAAAUGCCUCGUGGCCGGCGAGCACCCGGAGCCUGGCACUCCUCCGGCAGCCCAGGCCUCCACGGCCAGCGGGCCGGGCUCCUCGGAGAAGACGCCGUGCUCCAGCGCCUGGCUUUCCGGAGGUGGCGCCGGUGCUUGUCCGGCCAAGCGGAAGCUGCUGUCUUCGGCAGAGGGGACCGCUGACACCGGCUCGGAGGAUGAGGGCUUGUCGCCGGUGCGGAAGAAGAGGGCCCCGCAGGGCCCAGCGGUGCCAACCUCCUGCCGCAGCACCGAUGCCAAGGGCGCCCCCUUCUGGAACCACUUGCUUCCUACAGCCAAGGGCUCCACGCGCAGCGCUGCUGUGGGCGGUCAGCUGAAGACCGGCUUGCGCCUCAAACAGCGACCCCUCCGCAGCAGUCCGGUGGGCAGCCGCUCCCCCCCUGUGCCGUGGGCCACAACCUCCACCAGCCGGGCCCUGCUGGGGAACUUUGAGGAGUCCAUGCUGAAGGGGCGCUUCCUGCCAUCGGGGCGGAUCGAAGGCUUCACGGCAGAGAUCGGGGCCAGCGGUUCCUACUGCCCGCAGCAUGCCACCUUACCUGUCGAGGUCACCUAUUUUGACAUCCUGGAGCAUAGCGCACCCUCGCCCUUCCUGGGAGUCAUCGAUUUGGACGCCUUGGGAAAGAAGGGUUACAGCAUCCCCAAAAUGGGCACCAUCCAAGUGACCUUAUUCAACCCCAACAAGACGGUGGUGAAGAUGUUCCUCGUGACCUACGACUUCCACGACAUGCCCGCCAACCACGUCACCUUCCUGCGCCACCGCAUAUUCCUGGUGCCCGUGGGCGAGGAGCAGGGGCCCGGCCCGGCCCUUGGCGAGCUGCCCAAGAGGGUGCUUUGCUACUUGAUGCACCUGAGGUUCCACAGCUCCAAGUCUGGGAAGAUUUACCUGCAUGAUGACAUCCGCCUGCUCUUCUCACGCAAGUCCAUUGAGAUCGACUCGGGGAUCCCCUACGAGCUGAAGUCCUUCACGGAGCUGCCGCGCAACCCCUGCUACUCGCCACGAACCUGAGCAGGGAGGAGCGCAGCCACGCUUGUCCGGAAGCUGAACGGGGGGCAGGAGCGGUGCCGUGCCGGAGGCCAGACCUGGGCAGGGAGCCCAGGGGGUUGCUGCGGACCGAGCAGCAUGUUUAGUAUUUAUUGCCAUGGCUGGGCCAGAGGGGGAGAGAGGCCUCUGCCCUGCCUGGACUACAAAUGCAGUUGUCUGGAGUGCGAGUUCCGCUGCCCUGUUCAUCUUUGGUGGAGGGGGGGGGGGGCACCCUGUGGGACAGCAGUGGGGGAAGGGCAGGAUUGUGUGGAGAAAGGAAGGACUUGUGGGAAGCAGCUGCCGGGCCAGCACUGAGAGGGGAAAGGAUGGGGGACUCUUCGUGUGACCUUUGCCUCUGGGGUGGGGGGAGCUCCCCCUUUCCUUCUAGGCUGUCCCCUCCCCUGGGGCAGCAGGAGCUGUGGAUGGGGCAGGAGGCCUGGGGGGAGGAGGCAGUCCCUUGGAGGCUUGGGCAGUUGAGGGCUCACACUGGAGGGGAUGCUGGGCCAAGGAAAACGUCCGGUGUGCAGAGUGUGUAGAGGUGCGUAUGAAGGAUGGGUGCAGCUCUGCCCGGGGCCCUCCUGGCUGGGGCCUUGGAGGGAGGGGCUGGACAUGUUGCCCCCUCUGACCUCCUUUGCUUCCUCAGUUCUUGCCCCUGUGUGGUGGCCUAGAGCAGGAAGGGGGAAAGGCAGGGAGAGGGGUGGGUGGGUGGGCGGGUGGUCAGGGGCAAGGCCUUGGCCACGCUCCAUCUCUGCUGAAGAGAGAAAUGGUGCCAAACUGGAGGGUGGGGCUGGGGGUGGGGAGGUGGGCAAGGCUCCGUCUGCAUUCGGAGCUCCUGCACAGGAAGGGGGAGGGGGGGUCCCAGGAGAAGGGACGCGGAAGGGCUGGCUGGGAAACCGUUUGCGUCUGUGAAGGGUUGUGGCUGGGCUGGGGGGAGGGGAGGGGAGGGGCUCAGUUCCCCUUGCUGCUGCCCCCCGCCUCACGCUUGCCACAGCCUCUGUGCACAUUUUGAGUUGGGUGGUGCCUCCUGUGCGGAAGCGGGAGGGUGGUAGCCGAAGGGCAACAAUUGCCAACACUUGAAGAUAUUUAUAUAUAUUAAAAGGGGCGGUUCCUCCUCCUUUCUUUUUGAGAAAAGCAGAUUCUAUAAAUGUGUGUUUGAAAACCA